ACCAUUCUUGGUACCGUGGUUACCACCCACAACUAAGUGAUGGAACAGAAUUCUACAUCAGUAUUAAGGCAAUUAACAAAGCUGGAAAAGAAACUGUUCAGGGAUUAGGACCGAUCUUAGUUCAUACUAUUCCCCCUACUGUUGGUGGUGAGGUACUGGUUAAAUUUGAGGAUGAGAUAUUGGAGGCCGAUUGGUCAGCAGCAGUUGUAUCUGAUCCCGAGUCGUCGCAACUUACCUUUACAGCGGCUGUAGGUAGUUCACCAGGAACCGAAGACGUGUAUUCGUAUUCUUCAUUAUCGUCUGGCGGAAGCUGCACGUUAGCUAACCCACUAACCUGUACAGCUUUUUCCAUGGAGGAUCUUCAUUGGGAUUUACAUCACAACUUUACCUACUAUGUAUCUAUAAGAGUAGAGAAUAUAGUAGGAUUACACAGUGUGUUCACAUCUAAUCCAUAUAUUCAUAAUACCAGAAACCCAGCCACGGGAGUUGUAUUUGAAGUUAUUCUACCUGAUGAGGCAGUUGAUUUUGGAAUUAAUGAGUUAGAAGACAGUAAUUUUCAACUAUCAACCAGUAAAUUAAAAGCAAGAUGGUUUGGGUUUGAAUCUGAUGAUAUGGCCGAGCAUGUGACUUACAGUAUUGGUGUUGGCUCUCAACCACUCGUUAUUGAUAUAAAAGAUGAAAACGUUGGCAGUAAGACACAGCAUACGUUUCUCGGGCUUAAUUUACAGCUGCACAAGACUUACUUUGUAACGGUAACAGCUAGGAGUGACGCCGGAACAACAAAGGCGUCGUCUAAUGGUAUCACUAUAGUUCAGAAAAAUGUUAACCUGAAUAAUGAAGUUCAGAUAAAAGAUGGCUCUGAUUGUCAGCAAAAGGAAAAACUAUCAUGGCUACCAAACCACCAUUCACAAAAGAAUUCAAGCUCAGAUUGUGAGUCGGAUAUUGACUAUCAAAUAUCAACAUCUUAUUACAUGGCACAUUGGACAAUAUCAAAUGCAUAUAAACAUAUGUAUCCUGAUAUUAAAUGGACGCUACAAAUGAGACAGAAAAACACAGAGGAUAUAUGGUACAAUGUAGAAGAUAAGAAUUUUCUAUCAAAUUCUGGUCGAAUCUUCCAACCAGUAGUAUUAGAUUAUUGUAAAACAUAUAGAAGUAGUGUGAGGUUCUGUUCGGGUGAAGUUUGUUCUCAACCUGUAGUCAGUAAUGGUGUAACAGUGUUGAGCGAACCUGAUAUGCCACAUAUAGAUAUACUCCACAAACAGAUGCAAAGUUCCCAGUUAGAUGUUAGCUUGACUUACAAGAGUAAUACCGAAGAUAAAGUGUGUUCUGUGGAGUCUACCAUAGAUCAAUAUAUGUGGAGUAUAACAGAUAAUAAACACAAUAGUCAUUUAUUUACUAAAUGGAGCAAAGUAAACAAUGUACAGAAAAUCAGUGAGACAAUGAUCCUAACACAAAUGAACUAG